AUGCUGGUACUAGUAAUUUUUUGGCUCGUAUUUGUAGCAGUAACGCUUGCUGGACAUCAACCACUAUGCAUCUGCAAUGGAAAGCAGAAACGUAAGAGGAAGUACAAAGGAUAUAUGGCAGAAAGUAUAGUAUCACCGCUGUCGGCGCCUACUAAACCACCAGAAUCAAAUGAAUCAAAAAUUUCCUCUACUCUUAAGGUGAUUGAAUGCACCCAAAAAUUAGCACAGAAGAACGAAGAAGGAAAAACGGAGUUCACUCAGAACUCUUUUUGCUUAACUCCUAUGUCAAUCGAUCAACCAAAAAAGCCUCACAUAUCAUCAGUACAAAACUCGGAAGCAAGAAAAGCAGAUGUCUCUCACACACAACAUUCUAAAGAAGACGAAAUUUUGGACGUUAAAGGAACGCGAAAAAAGCGAAUUACAGCACAAAAUCAAGAAGAAGCACGCACACAACAAUUUUUGGAUGAGAUAUCGACUAAUGGAACGACACAAGAUAGAACAGCAGACGCCGCUUCAAGCACUGAGAAAGCUGUGAAAAAUAUCGAAUUAAACGAAAUAACUCAAAAUACGUUGCUUACUCAAGAGGAUCGUGAUGCUCGGCCUCGCUGA